AUGUUUGGUCUCGGGUCUCGAAAUGAGUUCAAUGUCGAGGGGCAGACUGUGAUUAUCACUGGUGGCUCCGAUGGCAUGGGCAAAGCUGUUGCACUUCAACUGUCCGCGAAAGGUGCAAAUGUGAUAAUCGUUGCGCGUACAGUCUCCAAGCUUGUGGCUACUGUCGAGGAGAUGAAGGCCGCCGCGGCAAACGCCUACAAGCAGAAGUUCCACUAUAUCAGUGCCGACCUCACAGAUCCCCUCGAAUGUGAGCGGGUCAUCACAGAGACCACAACUUGGAACUCUGGAGCUCCCCCCGAUGUUGUUUGGUGUUGUGCGGGCUUCUCCCGCCCGGGAUAUUUUAUUGAUGUGCCGAUUCAAGAGCACCGCCAACAAAUGGACACAAUUUACUGGACCGCAGCCAACACAGCCCAUGCCACUCUCCGCAGUUGGCUCACCCCUGUUGCCCCCAGCGUACAAAUGAAAACCCCUCGGAGACAUCUCAUCUUUACCUGCUCUACCCUUGCAUUCGUUCCUGUCGCUGGUUAUUCACCAUACUCGUCUGCAAAGGCAGCCAUUCGUUCGCUAUCCGAUACUCUAAGCCAGGAAAUUGAAAUGUACAACGGGGCCUUCUCCCAGAGGCAUCGCAGCAGUGCCCCGGCUGCGGAUGUCAAAAUUCACACCAUCUUCCCCAUGGGGAUUCUCAGUCCUGGCUUCGAUAACGAGCAGAAAAUCAAGCCUGAAUUGACAAAGAAACUGGAAGAAGCCGAUAAGCCUCAAUCGCCUGCAGAGGUCGCCAAAAUUUCGAUCAGUGCUCUGGAACGUGGGGAGUAUCUCGUCACUACCAAUAUGAUUGGUGCGUUGAUGAAAGGCACUUCCCUUGGUCCCAGUCCCAGGAACAGCAUUGUCGGUGACACUCUGCUCAGCUGGCUCAGCAGCCUGGUGUUUUUGCAAGUCAUUCCGGAUCUUCGCAGCAAGGCGUUCAAUUGGGGAAAGAAGAACGGGCUUCCACAAAGUACCCCGGCAUCAUAG